UAACGAGCGUGUUUUCGUUUCGCAGGAUCAUAUGUAGACUUAACAUCUAAAUUGCACCUUUAUGACCGCCUCCGUCGAGUACUACUGGCUGAAUCUUUUGAUAAGCUACUUAUCUUGUUCUCUCUGAGCUGCCGAAAUGUCUUUCCCUCAUACUCAUCUGCUGCUCUCCCCAUCUCGCCCUCUGGCGGUCGUCCUCUCUGGACCACACAUCCAAGUGGUUGACACCCAAAACGGCUCCGUGUUACAUUCCACGGUGAACUUGGAUGAAGCCACAAAAGCGUCAGUAUUGAAAUCGGGAGGCAUACGCUGCAGUGCUGUCAAUGACACAUUCACACAUUUGGUGACUGCCGGAGAUGAGAAAAAGCUGAAAGUCUGGAAAUUGGAUGGGCUGGAGCUACUAAACGCGCGAGAACUCCCCAAAAAGCCGACCACCAUUCACUUUAUACGCGACGGUCAAACCAUCCUUGUCUCCGACAAGUUCGGCGACAUCUUCAGCUAUCCCCUUCAUCCCCUACCAAAGCUUUCUGAACCAUCAACAACGCAGACCGAGUCAGCUAUAUCUACCCCAGAGCCAGGUAGCUCUAAGCGCAGUGCUCUCACUUCACAUGAAAACCCCUCCGAUGGCAAGCUCAUCCUCGGGCACGUCUCAUUGCUCACCGACUUCUUGCUAACCCCGGACGAGAGAUUCAUCAUCACUGCUGACCGGGAUGAGCACAUCCGCGUGAGCUGGUAUCCGCAGGGAUACGUGAUCGAGAGCUACUGUCUGGGACACGAGAAGUACGUCUCGGCUCUUCAUCUUCCUCCGUUCGCACCAUCGAUGCUCGUCUCUGGUGGGGGCGAUCUGACGAUCAACCUCUGGGAUUGGCUGUCUGGCGAGCCUAUUUCCGAGAUUCCUGUUCUCGAGACGGUCGAGCCUUACAUCAAGGUGAAGGCAAAGAAGAGAAGAUGGGGAGGAGACGAGGAUCAGGGGGGAGGAGAUGGCGAGGGCGAAAACAGUACGGUGAGACGGAGGAAGAGGGGCAGGAAGGGAAGGGACAGGCGAAGAGCUGAGAAGGGCGCGACGGGGACUGAGGAAUCAGCAGGGGCGGAAGGGAUGCUGGACGCUCAAGAAGACGCGGAGAUGGAGGGAGACCAAGCGGAAGAUUUGAGUGAGAAGCGUGCUGUAGCUCAGGGGAACGCCGACAACGAGAAAACGGUGUUGGUUGUUCACAAGAUAGACUCUCUUGACUUCGGCGAGCGUGGCCGCUUCCUCGUCUUCAAUGUUCUUGGAGCGACUGCACUCUUCUAUUGCUCCUUCCCUCAGGCAACAGGUGCAACUUCGCCACCACCAGUGCGGGCUUUCGAUUUCCGUCGACCUGUGCUCGACUUCACGGUUGGCCCGAAUGACACGACGUGGGUGUUGCUGGACCCGGAGAGUGAUACGGAUAGACAAGAAGAGAACGAAGAACAGGUGCCACUCGCUGCGUUGUUGUCCUGGACUUCUGGAGAGCCUGUGAGAGUUCCCGCUCAGCAGGCACCCGCUCUCCUUUCUUGCCUCCAGACGGCAUGCGCGAUACCAGCAACCGCCGCGGACCGGAAGGCCCUCGACCUGUAUUCGGCACUCUCCUCCCUGCCGAAAAACGUCGACCCGGAACACGACCCGUUCAAGGGAGAUUUUGAGGGCACGCCAGAGCCCACCUCGCAGUCGCAGCUGAAGGACAAGGGCAAAGGCAAGCAGAAUAAAGAGGGCGAGCUGACGCAACGCGAGCAGGCGCGUUUGAGGAAGAAGAUGGCAUUGGCGGCGAAGCUGCAGGAGCAAGCACAAGUGCAGACGGUCCUCGGGAAACGGGACGCUACGGCAUUGGGCGAAACGGAGGAGGAAAGGGAGAUUAAGAGGGCGAGAGAAGAGAAGGGCGAUGGGGACGUAGAGACUGUCGCUGGCGAUGCGGAUGCCAUGGACGUCUCAUGAUUGCCUUGCAUAAUGAGCUAGAUUGCCAUGUUUUUGGCUGGUGAAAACGUUCUAGGGUGCUGCUGGACAGGAUGAGAUUUGAUUGUUCUCGGAGUGCUUGGAUCUCGCUACCCCGAUCUUGCCUACAGUAAAGUCAGAUAGAGGUCACAAAGUCACA